CAUGGCGGAUCAGCUGCAAGCGUUAAGAGCGUGGUUUUGGGACAGCGAUUUCUGGUUACCAGAAAACUCUACUUGGGAGAGCUUAGACCAGGCGAAAAGCCAAAAGUGGGUCCAAAAUGGCGAUCUUUUUUUAUGUGUUCCCAUUGCUGUGGUGUUGAUCGCUCUACGAUUCCUCUUCGAGAGAUUCAUUGCGACACCUUUGAUGGGCUACCUUGGUGUAACAGAAAAACCUAUAGUUUUUGUAGAAAAUACAUUUUGUGAAAAGGUUUACCAAACAAUCAGCAAAUGCCCCAAUGCUGAACGAGUAGAGGGACUAUCAAAACAACUUGGCUGGACCACACGUGAAGUGAAACGAUGGUUCAAAAAUCGCAGGCAACAAUCAAAACCAUCCAUAAUGAGGAAGGCUACUGAAAGCAGUUGGAGAUUUGUGUUCUAUUUGGCAACAUCAAUUUAUGGGGCAGUUGUAUUAUCCAAGGAACCUUGGCUUUGGGAUCUACGACUCUGUUUCGUUGGUCAUGGAAAACAGCCUCUUACAGAUGAAAUAUUCUUCUAUUAUGUGGUUGAAAUAGCCUUUUACAUAUCCCUUCUUAUUUCAUUUUUUGUGGAUGUGAAAAGAAAGGAUUUUUGGCAAAUGGCAAUUCACCAUGUAGUUACAAUCAUGUUGACAACAUUUUCGUACACAGCUGGUUUCUUUCGUAUUGGUAGCGUCAUAAUGCUUUUGCACGACUUGGCCGAUAUUUUUCUUGAGUCAGCAAAAGUAUUUAAUUACGCCAAGUGGGAAGCUACAACUAACUUAAUAUUUGUGUUAUUUGCUGUGUCAUUCAAUGUUACAAGGCUGGUAUAUUAUCCAUUCUGGGUUUUGCAUGUUGUAUACUACUGUCAAGAGUACUGUGGUCCUUUUAAAGCAUGGUCAUGGUUCUUUGGUUUGUUGUCGUGUCUUCAGGUACUACAUGUUAUUUGGUCCUAUAAAGUUGCAGAGGUGGCCGUGCAGUUUAUAAUUAAGGGAACGGUGGAAAAAGACACACGUAGUGAUGAUGAACAGUCUGGUCCAGAAGAAGAGAGGCUUGACAUGAACCAUGCAGAUGGCAAUAUGGUGGACAAUAAAAAGAAGCAUUGACCAAAAAGAAAAUUUAAACCAGAGCUUAAUUGUCAGAGUUCCAGUACUCUUAUGUCAUCCUUUGUAGUGUGCUGUUAGAUGAACAGAUGCUGUGCUGAUUUUGGAAAGACAAUUUCAAAAUUUGUACCAAAGAAUGAGAGCCUUUUCCAACCAGUCAUUCUACUUCAGUAACUUGCAUCAACCCUGAGUAUGUUGCAACUAAUAUUUCCUUUAAACAUGUCUUCUUUAAUUUAAUCAAAUUUUCUUCUGUGAUUUUGUCUAAGGAAGACAAUUUAUGGCCUAAUUUUUAUGUUCAAAUGUGGAAUAUUGUGAAGUGGUUUUUAAAUUACUAUAUUCGAUAGUUCUUUCUUUUUUACCAGAGACCACCUUUUGCUAUCUGCAGGGUGUGAUGGUUUGCAUAUUUGUGAAUAGAUGAUCCUGAAACUUAGCUACUAUUUACUUUCAACUGGUGACGUAGCUGUAUUGUCUAGUAUUUCACAAGACAAGAAUUUGACUUAAUUGGAGUUUUUUUGUGGUAUAUUUCAAAGCUAUUUAAUAAACACAUGUGAAUGACAAGAAGA